AUGAAGUACAGCUCUCAAGUGCAAAGGGUGGCGGCCGACACUCCGUUGGAUGACAUCCUGUACCUUUUGAAGCGUGAUGGCGGUGUCUUUAUCAAGGGCCUCGUCUCCCAAGCCGAUGUUGACAAGGCGUAUGCGGAAUGCCGCCCCAAGAUGGAAUCCAGCACUGAGUGGUCUGGAUCCUUCUUUCCCAAGGAGACGGCGCGAGCAACCUCGGUGUUGGCCCUGAGUCCCACCUAUGCCGAGACGCAGGUCAUGAACCCUCUAUACCAGAGCGUCGUUGACCACUUCCUCACCACUCGCACUUCGUACUGGUGGGGGACUGAGUGGAAAGAGUCCGUGUCCAAGCCAUACGUGCACUCGUGCACCGCCAUGAGCAUCGGCCCCGGCGGCAAGGCGCAGCCUCUGCAUCGCGACGACUACAUCAACCACAAUGUCCACGAGGACAUUGACGAGUGGAACGACGAGCGCGACAAGAACCGCGAGUCGGCUGUGGGCCUGUUUGUUGCGGGAUGCAGAGUCACCAAAGAGAAUGGGGGCACUCAGUUUAUUCCACGCAGUCAUCUCUGGGGCACCGAGCGAGGUCCCCCACGAGUAGAUCAGUGCAUCUUUGCCGACAUGGAAAAGGGCGAUGCCUUUCUCAUGCUCGCCUCAGCCUACCACGGCGGCGGCACAAACUUGACCACGGACCAGGCCCGUCUUAUGUUUGCCACCUUUUCUGUACGAGGCCACCUGCGGCAGGAGGAGAAUCAGUUUCUGGCGGUACCGCAGGAGAUUGCCAAGCGAUAUGACCAAAAGACUCAGGCCUUUAUGGGCUACUCCAUGACGGAUCCUGCCUGCGGAUAUGUCGACCAAAUAGACCCCAUUUUUCUUCUUCGUCCAGAGUUGAAAAGAGGGCCAUCGGGUUUUUGA